AAAAAGAAGUAGAAGAGAAAAGUUGAGGUUAUUGGCAAUAAACAGCUUUAAAAGUUGUUCAGAGAUAUGAGUUCAAUUCAAAAAUCAAAAUAUAAGAAGUUUUAUCGUAAAAAUAGUAAGGCUAGUAUAGAUGUUAACUUGAAAGGCUUUCUAUGCAGUUGCAACAACAGAGAAAAAGAAUGUGUGCGAGAAGCAUACAAUUUAUUGAACAAAUACGCAGAAUUACUUUAUUCCAACAAUUCCAAAGUAUUAAAUAAUGCAGAAUUGUCAAUAGAAGAUGAAUUGCAGAUGGAAAUAUCUGGAUUGAAAUCUGAAAAGAGAUUUCAACAAGUGGAAUCUGGUGCAAAAAAUUUUUUAUUUAUAAAGACGACAUUAGAAAAUCCUGUGGAAUUGGCACAGAAAAUUAUGACAGAUAUUAAAUCUAGUGGCGCUAAUCAGACACGUUUUUUAAUAAGACUAAUUCCUAUAGAAGUCACAUGCAAAGCAUAUGUAAAAGACAUUAGUAUUGCAUUCAAACCUCUUUCACAAAAAUAUUUCAAAGAUGAGCCCACUACAUACUCCAUAGUCUAUAAUCACCGAAAUAACGACAAUAUAAAUAGGAUUGAGUUAGUACAGGCAGUAGGUGCAAUAGUGACUGAAACAAAUUCUGAAAAUAAAGUGGACUUGAAAAAUGCAAAUGUAUCCAUAAUUAUUGAGGUUAUAAGAGGGAUUGCAUUAAUUGGUGUUAUUCCUGACUUUAUUAAAUAUAAAAAAUAUAAUUUGAUGUCUAUUGUUGAACAAGACAAUAUGCCAAAUAAAUUAGAAGAUGGUGGACAAGAAAAACAAGGUACACAUGCAUUAGAAAAUGUAGAAGAUAAACCUAAUUUUACAAAUAUACUAGGGGAUGAAGGACAGGAUAAAAAAGAUAAUCUUACAAAUCCAUUAGAAGAUGUAAAAGGGGAUAAACAACAAAACCUUGCAAAUACAUUAGAAAAUAAAGAACUUUUAGAAGCAUCCAGUUGUUAACAUCGAGAAAAAUUAGUGCCAGAACAUUUGGCACUAUAUCAAAAACAUAUAUGUAAUUGUUAUAUGUUAAUUAGAUUUGUGAUUUCUAAUUGACAUUUCUUGUUUUGGUAAUAAAAUAAUUAUGUCAAAA